AUGGCCUCCAACGCACUUGACAUUCAAUACAAGUCCCGCAUGCUUAGGGAGCGAGCGGCGAAGAAGCUGCACCCGUGGAACUCUCCCCCAUCAUCCACGGGUUCCCACGGCACCAUUACCAUGUCUUCUGUCAUGUCCGAUCCCGACGGCGAGUCUACGCGCAAGCUUAACGAGGACAUCGCUCGCGUUACUGGCCCGAGAUUCGACCUCGAGGCCGCACACAGAAAGUGGCCGGAACACUACGAUGCCUGGCAAGACUCGAAACGCACACGUGCCGAGAUGCAACCUCGUGUCGACAACGAAUCCGACCUCUCGUCCACCAUAUCCAAGUCCCCCGCCCGCCUCGCCAUCCGGCCAGAGAUGGCCCGCUUCGCCCACCAGACGCGCACCCAGAGCCCUCUGUCCCGAGCACACCUGCGCCACUCCUCGGGCAGCCAGCCAGCCCCGUCCGAAGCACCUCUGCAAGAUCGCAUCGGCCAGAUGCGGAGAUCUCACACGUCCUCUGCCCUGCCACGCCACAGCGAGCCGGCGCCGGCCGUUGCCGAGACCAACUUUGCGAAGCAUACGCCGCAGAACCUCAACGCGAUCCGCAAACUGUUUCCCUCCCCCUCCACCACCGAUAGCCCGGCGCGCAACAACGGCACCAUGCAGUCCUUCGUCAUGCCUGACAUCUCCCACCUCAACGACGUUGUUUCUGGAAAUCUCCGCCUCGGCGGCAUGAAGAACGGCGUCCCGGUCUUCGUCAAGCACGGCCGGGUACAGAACCGCGACAACCGCCCGGUGAACGACCAUGCCGAAGUCGACGGCCUUGCCAUUCCCGAGGACGAGGGCAAGAUUUUCGUCUCCAUGGAUAUGAUUCGCGAAGAGAUUGAGAACCUCCAGCAGCACGACGACAUGGUACAGAAGUACGCCGACGACCUGCAAGGCGAAGUGGACUUUCUUUCCAAGGAGGUCAAACGUCUGAAGUCUCGCAAGUCCAUCGAUAGUGCUUUGGGUUCUCGCAGCGGCUCGGAGCCCGAAACGGCUGCGCACGAGCAGCUGGUCACCGAGAAGCUUGUUUUGGAAUCGCAGGUCAACUCGCUGCAGACCCGACUCGACCAGAUGACCCAGAAGAUCGGGGUCAACGACGUGGAGAACAACACCCUAUCCCUGGAGCGGGACCGGGCUCUGAAGAAACUGCAACAGGCUUGCGAGAACAUCGGCGAACUCAUGGACAAGCUUGACGCUCGCGAGAAGGAGCUGAACGAGACGCAAAAGAAGCUCGACGAGACGCUCCAGCUGCAAACCACUCAGAACGUUGCCCCGUCCUCGGCGAAACGCAAAAGCACGAAGUCGACGCGCUCCAGCUGGAGAACAAGUCUCUUCGGGCUGACACAGCACCCUUCGCCGCGACCAGCAGGCUCUGCAAGACGAGUGGAAUCGCUGCGAGCCGACAACAACUCGUUGCGUCGGGAGCAAGAGUCUCUGGUGGCCGAGAAUCGAUCGCUCCGAACCAAUGCUCGUUCCCUGAUGUCUGAGAACGAGGAGUUCCGCGAAAACGCCAACACUGCGCAGCAAGAACUGAACGCGGCGCGUGAGGAGGUGGACGCGCUGCAGCAGGACAUGGACGCUGUGGACCAGGAGAAGAUCACUCUGAAGGAAGACAAUGAUAGCCUCGUGCGCCACAACGAGAAGUACUUUGAGGAGAACAAGAUGCUUCGUCGCGAGAACAGCGGCUUCGAGCGCAGCAUUUCACGACCUGCACGACGAGAACAUGACAACUUCUCCGCUCGUCUUGGCCACGACGACGAAGAGGAGGACGGCGACGAGGAGAACAUGACUUCGGCCUUCUUUGUUCCUGACAUUACCAUUGAUGAGAACUCGAUCGUCGACGUGACCACCGAAAGCAACAAGGCGCCGCCUGACAUGCCGACACAGAGCCAGAAGCCAUUUGAGAUUCCAGAGAUCGAUGGGCCGACGGAGGGAAGCCUUGCUGAUCCCGAGAACACAUUUGACACACGUGCCAUGAAGAGCCGAAAAGACGCAACACAACAAAGGGAUAUGACGACCCAAGGCCAGAAAGUUGCCUUCUCGCUUCCCGAGAACGCACAGAACAGCAAGACAGCCGCACACGGCGCGAACCGCAGCAGCAAGAGGCGCACGGCGGCCCAACGCAGCGCUGCGAAAGGCGGGCUCGUGGCUGAUGCCGAUGCAUACAUGACCCAGGAGAGCACCCAGGAUCUGACGCAAAACCUCUCCAUCACCUUUGAGCCCAAGGCCAAGCCUCGCAAGGAGACAACUACCAAGUCUGAACACACACGGGAGCACGCUGUUACGAUGACCCAGAACAUGACGGGCCGGAGUCAGAAGGCGCCGUCGGCCAAGUCUUCUCUGAAGCCCUCUCACAACAAGUCGACGACUGUCGAUAUCACGAGUCGCGGUCGCAAGGAGGAACGCACAUCGGAGGCCCGAGCCAACUGUCCUGCGCUCUCUGCGAACGCGCGUCGUGUGUUAGACGACCUUUGCGAGCACAAGUGUAAGAACUGUGUCGUUUGCAGCAGGAUCACAGGACACCGCGGCACAGUCAGCUUGAAAGAAGCGACCGAGGGCAAGAAGCGUAUCCACGUUCCCAAGCCGAUCCCCGCCACGGAGCAGGUGCAGCAGCUCGAAGGCUACACCGAAGAGCCGACGAUGCGGCCUUCGCAGCACCCCGGUCAAGCUUUGGCCAUGGUCAUCAAGGGUCUCAAGGAUGAGGCGGAACACCUCAAGAUGGAGUUUUCCAGGCUGCAAGCGCGCUACAAUGACCUCAAUUCGGCGCUCGGCCGUACCGCGCGCAAGGACCUGGCGUCGCGUAUGAGGGAGAUGCUUAAGAGGCUCGAGGUCAAGAACGACCAGAUCUACGCGCUGUAUGACGUUCUCGAGGGGCAGAAGCAGGCGGACCAGGCCAUGCCGGAGGAGGAGCUUGAGAUGACCAUCUUCAGCAUAACGGGCUUGAGCCUCCGAGAAGCCAGCCUGAACUUCACUCUGGAUAGUGUUGCGAUAUGA